CACGGCGAGAACCUAAAUGGCCGUUCAGAUGCGACUUGCUGAUCGAACGCAGUUCCCAGUUUCGGCCUCGGCGAACAACUGAGAUAGAGGACCUGUCAGUAUGGCUGAGAACAGCAACGAUGACGGCGUCAAGUCGAACAAGCGAAGUCAUAUGGACUUCGCGGGCGAUGAUGGUUCCGAUAGCUCCUCGGACGACGAUAUGGGCCCGCAGCUGCCCUCGGCGGCUCCCAAGAAGAAGCGACGCAUUCUGCCAUACGAGAAGCUGUACAUCUCCGCCCUUCCCAAGUCGACGCGCUAUUCCAAAUCCCUGAUGCACAAGGAGCAGCUGGCUUUCGUCACGAUGACCCCCUUGACUGAGUUCCUCAUCACGACAUCGGUAGACGGCAUCGUAAAAUUCUGGAAAAAAAUUGCCGACGGAAUCGAGUUCGUCAAGGAAUUCAAGGCGCACCAAGGCGAGAUACGGUCUGUGUCUUGCAGCCAGGACGGGCGAAGCUUUGCGACGGCUGGCGCGGACAAGACAGUCAAGCUGUUCGACGUGGUCACCUUCGACCUGCUGACUGUCCUCCAGCUUGACUAUGUGCCACGCUGUAUUUGCUGGGUUCAUAAAAAGGGUUCCUCCCUGCCUCUCCUGGCCGUUUCCGAUACCGAUGCUAAGCCAGCUAUCCGCAUCUACGACGGCAGAGGCGAGAACCAGCAACCCAUCCACACCAUCACCGGGCUGCACCGGAGCCCCGUGUCGCUGAUGGUAUUCAAUGACCACUACGAAUGCGUAAUAUCGGUUGACGAGGGCGGCAUGAUCGAGUACUGGCAGCCGGGCGGAUCUUACGAGAAGCCCGACAAUGUCUUCAAAUACAAAAGUUCGACCAACUUGUUUGAGUUCAAGAAGGCAAAGUCUGUGCCGGCGACGCUCACUUUAUCUCCGGAUGGGAAGCGAUUUGCAACCAUGUCCUUCCCGGACCGCAAGAUCCGCAUCUUCGACUUUGCCUCGGCCCAGCUCCAGCGGACAUACGACGAGUCACUCCAGGUUAUUGAGGACAUGCAACAGGCGGGGACUGCGUUACAGAAGCUGGAUGCUGUCGAGUUCGGGCGCCGGCUCGCUCAGGAGCGUGAGAUAGAGUCGCCAUCGCUUCGCGACAAGUUCAACGUCGUCUUUGACGAGUCAGGACAUUUCAUUCUGUAUGGGUCCUACCUCGGGGUCAAGGUGCUCAAUACGUACACGAACCAGGUAGUCAGAGUCUACGGGCGGGAGGAAGGAUUUCGCCCACUGGCGUUAGCGCUGUACCAGGGUCAGCCCCAGAAAAAGGGUGUGACGACGGUCGCCAUGGCGGCGUCAAGCAACCCCUUACUGCAGGAGUCCGAAACAAGGGAUCCGAUACUGGUGGCUACGGGCUUGGGAAAGGUUCGCUUUUACAUGUUCACCAACGAAGAGGAGAUCUCCAAGUCAUCGAGAGAUGUCCAAAACGAAAAGCCGACGGUUCUGGGGCAGAAGAAGGUGGAGGAGAAGAGGAAAGCCGAGACAGGGACAGCGGCCAUCAUUCACACCACUUACGGCGACAUCCACAUCCGCCUUUUCCCAGACGCGGCACCGAAGGCCGUGGAAAACUUUGUCACGCAUUCUAGGCGUGGGUAUUACAACAAUACCAUAUUCCACCGGGUGAUCCGGAAGUUCAUGAUCCAGGGCGGAGAUCCUCUGGGCGACGGUACAGGCGGCGAGAGUAUAUGGGGCAAGGACUUUGAAGACGAGUUCAGCAGUUUGAAGCACGAUAAACCGUACACCGUCAGCAUGGCCAAUGCUGGCCCCAACACCAACGGCAGCCAGUUCUUCAUCACGACGGAGAAAACGCCGUGGCUGGACAACAAGCACACCAUCUUUGGGCGCGCCGUACAGGGCCUGGACGUCAUCCACAGGAUUGAGAACGUCAAGACGUACAAAGAAAAGCCGGUGGAGGAUAUCAAGAUCCUUAACAUUGAUGUUGCAUAGCGGGCGAGGCGUACACCCGACGGAUACAGGCAGCGAUAUCCGUUUUCUAAACGAUUGCUGGCGCUAAAAGGAAACCUAACAUACUCAGUCUAACUCCCAUGUAGUACUGGCACGACAACCAGAGAUGUCCCACUUGCCACGUUGGAACGUAUGUAUGUAUUCCGUACAUAUGUUAGGAAUGAUCUUCAUCAGGGAAGUGGAACGUCGAGCUAUAUUGAUAAUUAAUGGAGGGCUGGCUGACGGACUUCACGGUUGGAUAAUACAAAGACAGGCGUGGGCAAAGCUCCUUUUGUCCAUGCCCUGGUGUGAAAGGCAAGAUGGGGAUGGAUCGUUUUGGAAAACAUUGGACGCAAUGUGCAUGUCAAUGGCAGUAAGAAGUCAGGAGU